AUGUCAUUGAAAAACAAAUCAUCUUCCUCUUUGAAACAACAACAAACAUCCUCAAAAUCAACGUUGAAUCAUCAUUCUUCCAGAAACCAUUCAACACCAACACCCUCAUCGAAAUCCUCAUCUUCUUCUUCAACACCAAACUCCUCAUCGUCAUUAAAAAACACCUCUCUCCUUUCCGAUCCUUUUCUUCAGACCUGUUCCAUGACCAAACAAAGUGCUUGUUGCAUUCUCAUUCCUUCAUCAUCAUCGUCAACCAAUGAUAAUGACUCAACGAAUACAUCUUGUUCUCUCUUGUUUGAUCACAUUCAACAUCUUCGACAGGAAUGGGACAAGAGUUUCUCUCGAUGGGAACCUCAUCUCAAUCUCUUGUAUCCCUUUAUUCAUAAAAAGAAUUUCUUUCGAGCAAAACAAUGUAUUGAACAAGCCAUUCAAGAGCAUUCGAUUGAAAAAUUUAGAGUCGAUUUUCCACCUCAUCAUGUCUAUUGUCGAGAAUUUUCAAAAUUUGUCAUGACAAGUCCGUGUGAACAAGCUCAAUUAGAACAAUUUCAAAAAAUCUAUCGAGUGUUGAAGGAAAUAUUUCCACAAUGUUCGUCAACUGGUAGUUCUCUUCAAGAGCAUGCAUCCACUGGUCGUUCAUUGUCCUCUUCUUCUUCUUCAUCAAAAGAAGAAGAAGAAGGCAAUCAUGAAGAAUUUCAUCCUCAUUUAACUUUGGGACAAUUAUCAAAUUCAAAUUUAGCCAAUGUGAAAUCAAAGCAUGCACGAAAAGCGACUUCUCAGAAUUCUGAUGACAACGAGAAUGAAUUUGAAAAAUUGAAACAAGCUUGGAUGGGAGGAUCGUUUGAGGCGACGGAAAUUGUGUUCUUGUGGAGAGAAAAUGUCGAAGAUCCGUUUCAUGUGGCUGAAAGAAUUUCACUUUUGUGA